AGCUCACAAUGACGUGACUGUCACAUAACACCGCUGCUCGGGGACAGGAGACGGACACCUCCUCGCUGUCUAUAAUUAGAUGUCUAACCUGCACAAACAAAUCCUCCGCUGUGCCUCGCAGAAAACUGAAAUCAUCGCAGGGGGGAGGACGGUCAGCUCUCAGGGAUGGCCUCGGUGAAGAAGGACAACAGGCUGACGAGCUCCCAGAGCUUCCUGUGCGUCGGUUUCUCCGGGGUUUUCAGCAAAACUGUCACCUCACCUCUGGAGGUAGUUAAAAUUAAAAGCCAGGUGGGCACUUUUCACUGCAAGAAAGGUUUCUGGCAGAGUUUCCUCAUCAUCUACCAGAAUGAGGGACUUCGAGGGUUUUGGAAAGGAAACCUCGCUUCUUGUCUGCGGCUGUUUCCUUACACCGCUGUUCAUCUCACAACAUACAAAAACAUAGUCCUCCUUCAAAUGGAUGAGCUGGGCUUCAUCUCUCAGUGGAGGGCCUUGUUCGCCGGUGGACUGGCUGGCGUUGCUGCUGCUCUGGCUACGUAUCCUCUGGAGGUCGCAGAGACCAGACUUAUCGUUCAGAACUGCAGACAGCCCACAUAUAUCAGCGUAGCUCACACGCUGUCAAAGAUCUAUAGGAAUGAAGGGCUGCUCGCGCUCUACAGGGGAUUUUCUCUCACUGUUGUGGGUGCUUUUCCCUUUUCUGUCGGAUGUUAUGCCGUCUACACUAACUUGGAUAAGCUCUGGCAGGAGCCUGCUUUUCGCUUCACUCCCCUGCAGAACUUCAUUAAUGGUUGUCUGGCAGCAGGAGUGGCUCAAACCCUGUCAUACCCUUUUGAAACUGUAAAGCGGAAAAUGCAAGCGCAGAGUGCCCGUCUUCCCCACGUCGGUGGAGCUGACGUCCAUUUCACUGGGAUGAUGGACUGUUUCGUGCAGGUUGUCAGAAACAAGGGCAUCCUGUCACUGUGGAAUGGCCUCACUGCAAACACAAUAAAGAUUGUUCCCUACUUUGGCCUUCUUUUCACCUGCUUCGAGAUGUGUAAGCAGGUUUGCCUUUACCGCAACGGCUACAUUAUCUCCCCUCUGAGCUACAAACUCAUGCCGGGGGUCGACCAGAGCCUCGGGCCAUCCGAGCUGGAGGAGGUCAAGCGCUACUUAAAAAACAGGAACUUUGGGUCAGAGGGUUCUUCUUUUGGAAAUCGCUGGUGAAACAUCUCAUAAGAAAAUUUGAAAAAAAAAAAAAAAGACUGCUGACCAUAUAUUGACCAGGAAAGAGACGAUGUCCUGUCAGCCACAUUCUACCUCUUUCAGCACUUUGUCAUUUUAUCUAACAGUGUUGUUUCUCAUGAGUUGUUCACUGACUCCCAAAUGACAACUUUUAACAAAUAAUAUGUGCCUUGUUGCUGCAUUAACAUAAUAUAGUGCCAUAGCUUAUUAACAUAAAGUGGGUUGCAAAAUGCUCUUGUGCUCUGUAAGGUAGAAUUUAAACAUUAUGACUGUAUGAGUAUUGUUGUAUAAUGAGCUGCCUGUGUGAUAAAUUAUAUUUUUAAUGUAUCAUGAACGUAAAAAUCUUGUGCUUUAUAAGUUUGAAUAGGCUAUGGAGAAUCCUGUACAUGUCCUAAAAUGGAUUGUUAUAGGAGAAAAGUACUUAAAUUAAAAUGUUUGUUUUUACUGCCAUA